CAUCUCCCAGUCGCUUUCGCUCUUUACAGUGAACAGCGUAGCAAUUACCAGAGAUAGAAAGACAGACACAAAAACAAAAUGCUCCAUUUCUUCUUUUUUAUUCUCUCCUUCAAACCCCCUUAGUCAGUGAAGUACUCUUCACUCCUCCAUUUUCUUUCCUCAUAAGCUUCUUCUUCUACACUUCUCUCUCAAUCCUCCACUUAACUUAUUAGCUACUUACUUGGAUCUGUUUGAACCCAGAAAAUUGAAUUACUGGUCGGAACCCUCCACUAAAUUCUGUUGGAAUCUUCAAUUUUUCUGCAUUUGAAUGUUUUACUUGUUGAUUACAUAUACAUCUCAGUCUUAGAAUUAGCAAAUGGGUUUUGUACGGACACAAAUUUUGAUUUUUGUGGGGAUCUUCCUCUUUCACCUUGUGUGUUCAUACCCAACACCACCCAUGAACUGUACGGACACUACACGCCUGUGCACAUCGUAUUUGGCCUUCAGGCCUCAAGAGAACCAGACCCUUGCGGUGAUCCAGAGCAUGUUCGACGUAUUGCCUGGUGAUAUCACUGUUGAAGGGAACAACCAUGGCUAUGUGUUUAUCAAGAAAAAUUGCUCGUGUUUGUCAACUACCAAGAACUAUGCGACUAAUACCACAUUUACAGUUAAAUCGAAUGAGGGGAAUGUGCAUGAUAUGGUGUUGGGGGCCUAUUAUGGUCUUGCUAUUGUGCCUAAUACUGCAAGGAAGGCAAAGGUCGGUGCUGUGGUGUCAUUGAGGCUGUUCUGUGGUUGUUCAAGCGGCCUGUGGAAUUACUUGAUGAGUUAUGUGAUGAUGGAGGGGGACACUUUGGGGUCAUUAGCAAGUCGAUUUGGGGUCAGCAUGGAUAUCAUUGAGAAAGUCAAUGGGAUUUACAAUCCUGAUAAUGUCACUGUGGGUGACCUGUACUAUAUACCCUUGAAUUCAGUUCCUGGUGAGCCUUAUCCCGUGGAAAUUGGCAGUCCCCCUGCACCUGGUCCUGCUCCUCCACCUUCUGUUGACAGUUUUUCAGCAGAUUAUGUAAAUCAUAAAGCUCAUGUGCCCUACGGAUGGAUCUUAGGAAGUUCAGGCUUUGCUCUUGCUUUUAUCGUGUUAAGCGUGGCUCUUUGCAUCUUCUUGAGGAGGUCAUGCUGCUUCACUGAAGUCGAAAGAAAGCAUGCGAAAGAUCUUGAUGGCAAGAGUUCACAUAAGUUUCAUAUUCUUCCGAAGCCUAGUUUCUGUUGUGCUUCAGGGAGGUACAUGUGCUGCAAGGCUGGGGAUGUAAAGCAAACCAAUGGGGACUCUAGCAACCAUCAGAUUACUAUUCCCAAAGCUCUAGGUGCUGAUGUGUUUGAUAUGGAGAAGCCUGUGGUUUUUACCUAUGAUGAAAUUACUUUUGCAACUGAUGAGUUCUCUGAUUCGAGGCUCCUUGGUCAUGGAACAUAUGGUUCUGUGUAUUUUGGCCUCCUUCGUGACCAGGAAGUUGCUAUUAAAAGAAUGACAGCCACAAAAACUAAAGAAUUUAUGUCAGAGAUGAAAGUCAUGUGUAAGGUUCAUCAUACAAAUCUGGUAGAAUUGAUCGGCUAUGCAGCUAGUGAUGAUGAACUUUUCCUCAUCUGUGAAUAUGCACAGAAGGGCUCUCUUAAAAGUCACUUACACGAUCCUCAGAACAAGGGUCAUACAUCACUUUCGUGGAUCAUGAGGAUUCAGAUUGCACUUGAUGCAGCUAGGGGUCUUGAAUACAUCCAUGAACACACUAGAACUCAUUAUGUUCAUCGAGAUAUCAAGACAAGCAAUAUCUUACUUGAUGGUGCCUUCAGGGCUAAGAUUUCAGAUUUUGGUUUGGCAAAACUAGUUGGAAAAACUUGUGAUGGAGAAGCAUCAACAACUAAAGUUGUUGGCACAUAUGGUUAUCUGGCUCCUGAAUACUUGAGCAAUGGCCUUGCUACAACUAAGAGUGAUGUGUAUGCAUUUGGUGUAGUUCUCUUUGAAAUUAUAUCUGGACGAGAGGCUAUCAUACGGACAGAGGGCAUGACAAUGAAAAAUCCUGAAAGACGCUCACUGGCAUCCAUUAUGUUGGCAGCACUGAGGAGCACACCUGACUCCAUGAGCAUUUCGAGCAUGAAAGAUUACAUUGACCCAAAUAUGAUGGAUUUAUAUCCCCAUGAUUGUUUAUACAAGAUGAGUAUGCUGGCAAAACAAUGCGUGGACGAUGACCCCAUCCUUCGUCCAGACAUGAAGCAAGUCGUGAUUUCGUUGUCACAGAUCCUUCUGUCGUCUGUCGAAUGGGAAGCAACCCUUGCUGGGAACAGUAUGGUCUUCAGUGGCCUUGUCCAAGGGAGAUAGCUUUUUUUGGUGUUAGCCUUUCUGAAUCUAUUCUAUUCUGAAUCUAUUCUUUAAGGAAUCCUUUUCUUGCCUGGAAAUAUUUUAAUGUACACGGCGAGGAUAUGGUCGUGGAUAGGCGAGGUUGCAGUUUGUAAUACUAGUAAAACCUUUUUUGAGAGUAUACAGUUUGUACAUCUUCUGUGGUUGCGAACUAAUAUGAAGUUCAAUAUUUGAUUUU